AUGGGGACAGCUGGUGAUGGAGCUGAGCAUUUGAUUUGUCCACCUAAGAAUAGUGUUAAGAUUAAUGUAGAUGCAACUUUGUUUGAGGAUGGGGCUCGGGCGGGUGUUGGAGUUGUAGCCAGGGAUAACAAGGGUCUUUUCAUUGAGGGGUUCACAAAAGUUUUCAAUGAAGCUUUGGACCUUGCUUUGGUGGAAGCAAUGGGAGUGAGGGAAGCGCUGAGCUGGCUAAAGGAGAAAAUGUGGCAAAGAGUGCUCAUUGAGACAGAUUGCCUAACGGUGGUACAAGCGCUCUGCAGUCAUGUCAAAAUGAUUUCUUUAUUUGGUAAUGUAAUCAAUGAGUGUAAGAGUGUGCUUAAAGAGUUAAGAAAUGUCUCUAUUUAUUUUGUUAAGCGGUCAGCUGAUAUGGUAGCUCAUAGUCUCGCUAGAGUUUUCAUUUUAUUUCCUGAUCGUAUUUUCAGUUUUGGGGAUGUCCCAACUGAGUUGCUACCCUACUUGGUAGCUGAAUUUGUUGGUUAA